AAGAAUAUUGCCUGCAGAUGCCUGCAGAAAGAGUUCAGGACAAGAGAGAAUUAGGUAGAAUUCAGAGAGGAAGGGCAAUUCCUCCUGCAAACGAGCUGGAAUUGCCCGCAAAGCUGAUCAACACCCAAGCCAAAGUCUCAUUUAUCGCUCCGCCCUCGGGCAGUAUCUCGUGUAUUCCCUCCCCCUCGGGCAAUAACUACUACAUAUCACACCACCACCUGCUGAGCUGUUCUUGGUCGAAAGUUGCGGCCAUUCACCUUCCAUGGCUACAGCCGAGCGCCCGACGUUGGCUCUCUUGGGAACAGGGAUUUUUGCAAAGGAUGCCUACCUGAAAUUUCUAGGAGUGUUGUCGGGAAAGUUCAGCUUGUUAUACGUUUGGAGCCGAUCAGAGGCUGGCGCCGUACAGUUCACUGGCCUCGUGAAAGACUUCGCUCCAGGAGCUAAGGCCGUUUGGGGCGACCAAGGUUUGGACACUGUUUUUGACAGCCCUGUCCAUGCGGUGGCGAUUGUUCUGCCCGCUCAAAUCCAGCCGGCGCUUGUGGCACGAGCGCUUCAAGCGAGAAAGCAUGUAAUCCAAGAGAAGCCUGUGGGCGUCAACGCCGCUCACGUGUUGGAGACGCUCAAGGUCUACAAAGAUCUGGCGGCCAAGCUAGGCCCCACGACACCUAUCUGGGCUGUGGCCGAGAACUACCGGUUUGAACCGGCGUUGCUCGAGGCUGCCCAGUUGGUCCAGCAAGCCGGCGACAUGAUGGCCGUCCAGAUGACGAUCGAGACCCCUAUGGCCAAAACCAACGGAUACUUCCCACGACCUGACAAAUGGCGGGGCGAUCCCGCUUUUACAGGAACGUUCUUUACUGACGGGGCUGUCCACUUCGUUGCCGGCUUACGACUGAUCAGCGGUCAGGAAGUAACGUCCGUUUCCGCGCUCGCCUCCAACGUUGACAAGGACUUCCCUUGGCCCGACACGCUAUGUGGUGUUGCAAAACUAUACAACGGCGCCCCUUGCAGCAUCCUAAUUUCUUAUGGUGCCCGCGCAAGAAACAUAAGGUGGCGUGUCAUUGCCAGCAACGGAACAGUAGAAGUGGAGCGAGGGUCGCUGGACGGAAAGCACGGAUACACGACGCGGCUCUUCACUCCUGACGGCGUGAAGACCGAGAAGUUCCACCCGUUCUCCGGGGUACAAGACGAGCUGGACGCCUUCAUUGCAGACGUCCAGACAGCCAUUACCAAAGGCUCUGUUUCUCAGCAUCCUCGAGGCUCGGCUGUCGAAGGCCUGAAAGACCUGGCCGUCGUGGAAGCCGCUUUGAAGUCAAGCAUCAACAACGGGACUUGGCAAAAGGUUGACUCAAUAGACCAAAUACUUUACUGCUAACUUAUCCUUGUUGUGACGAUAGCCGUUGUUGCUGUUCAUUCGCCGCAGUUUUCCAAUCUAUAAAAGUUCGAGAGCUCCUGAACUGUCCAAGAGUAAAGUCCUGAGGACGUUUCCUCGAGUAACUUUGUUUUGAGCUGCAUAAGUUCUCCCAACGAAUUCCAGGCACGAAUGCGGUAGUGUACUGUUUAUGUUGUGUCAAACCUAGUGUGCAGUUUGAAGGUCUCGCCUCUGCCGGCCAUCUCACGACUCCAAAGCUUAACGAGUA